UUAAAAACAUACACCUCCGAAAAAGGCGAUCGUUUCUUCUGUAUAGUACGCUACCACCUCUCGACAUUUAUGCGCCUCCUAGUAUACAUGAUACUAUCCAUAUCUUCCGAAAUUAAACCUGUCGCCAAUGUGCAGAUGAUUGCUAUUCAUAUCUUCUGUUUGCGACAUAUCGCUAGCUAGAGAGACUGGGAGAAGUGCUUUCGGCCUUCCUCAAAGAGAAUUCACAAAUGGAGUUCACAAUGGAGCAACACAAUCACAUGUCACUCCACCCAUCCCCCAUUCACGAUCAGAAGCAAAGUCUGCUUCAGAAACCUGACCCUCACCAUGUAUCGCCGCCUCCUGAUCACAGGUCUGGCAUGUUAGACCGAUUCGAUCGAUUCGACCGGACUUUUCAACUUCCAUUAUACCCUCCCCCAUCCUAUGCGCAAGCUCACGACUCGGCUAGCUUGAGGUUUCCCGACCCGCCAAAGACUGAACUGGCUCCUAUCAAGUUAUCGAAUGCGCAGAAUAAUGAUGAGAAGAGACCCAACGAUCAUCAUCUCCCUUCUCUCUCUUCACUCACAGCCUCCUCCGCCCCCCUAUACACACCAUCCCACCCGCCAGAGCCAGCUUACUCUCCUCCCGCGCCUCCACCCAUAACUCACUGGCCCAGUCUCAAUCCCCUUACUGCGUAUUACAAUCCAAGCCAUGCCCAGAACCCCGAUUCGCCCAUGCGGAUGGAUGUAGACUCGGGUAGUAAUAGCGGCAUAAGUGCUCCGUCACCGGAUCGUUUUCAGGAUGGAAGAGCCAGCAGCGUUAGUCUAGACGAUCCAGAUGUACGAAUGGCUGCUGAGGCCCUAGGAGAUUUAAGAGCAGACUUUGUUUCUUCUCCACAGAACAAACACACACCAUCCCCUGGGUCGCCGCAUUCCCAAACGAACGGACCUUAUCCCGAACCACUAAUAUCGCUACUGACCACAUCGCACCCCUUACUAGCUACGACCAUCGAGGGCGCUACUUCCGCUUACGUUCACUCUAAGAACUACUCGCCGAGAUUCAAGACAAGCGCUGAAUAUGUAGAAGGAUAUGUGAUUCCUCUGGCAAAUACCGUGGGAUCAGUAGGUCGUGUUACUGGUGUAGAAGGCGGCGUAAGAUGGUUUUUAGGAGGCGGGAGGAGGCACAAGUCGCAAAGUUCUGACCUCGAAGCUGCCGAGCAUGGUUCUAAUAAGCGCCGAAGGGUAGACGGGUCCGGCGGUUUUAGGGAAACAACACCCGAGCCUGGAUCUGGUAUGCAGACACCGAGGGCCUCAUUUGACCCCCCUCACGACCGUCGACUCUCGAUUGCCAGUACCGUAGACACUCUACCAGCAUAUGAUGAGCUACGAUCACCUCCCUACGUAGAGCAGCUUGGCCCUUCGGAAGCGCGGCCAAAUAGUGCAGCAUGGCAGUCCCGGCUCAUUAUGUCGACAUCCGGACUCAGUAUCGCCAUGAGCGAGGAAAGUCUAAGAAGUCUUAAGUACUGCUUGAGUUGGCUUCGGUGGGCUAAUGUUCGCGUUGGAAACGUCGUCAACUCUUUAAAAUCUACUAUGGAGAAAUACGAGAAAACGGAAGCUGAACAUGCAGAUGGUGAUCACCCAAUGAGUGGCACAUUUGUGGGUGGUCCAGCAGAUAGGAAUCAACUCGCAGCUAAGAUCGCGGAGCUGAGGAUGGAUUUACUCAGAACUCUUCAAGAUGUCAUCAACACAGUCAGCAAAUAUGCUGGUGGAGCUCUACCGGAGAAUGCGCGAGAGCUGGUCAGACGCCAUUUGACUAGCCUGCCCCAAAGGUUCAGGGUCGCAAGCAUGAUGGGUGAUAGCCAUCAUGGCCAAGGUGGAGAAGAAAGCCAAGAGAUACAAGAGAAGGAGACACGGGAAAGCGCUCAACGUGUAUUGGUGCUUGCCAAAGAGGGUCUUGAUAUGAUGUCUCAGGUAUCGGGAGUCCUUGACGGCACUAUUGUCAGUGCCGAAGAAUGGUGUGAUAGGUUAGGAAGGCGAAAACGGGAACAACGGGAAAGUCUGUUGGGAGCUCCACACAUCCCCCAGGUGCCUUUAGAUGAGGUAAAAAUCGGUUGAUUGUUACGAGUUAUGUUGGUAUGAAAAUCUGGGGCGUUCCGUGGGGAAAACAGAAAAAAAAAGAUGCACAUAAAAAUAAGAGGUUUAAAAAAAAAGGAUGAGAAACAUCGGGGGAUACGACGAAAGAGCUAAGAACUAUACUCGGCUAACUAGCAGAUGAAAUAGAUCUUGGCGGUUGGUGGACGACAACGAUAUAUA